AUGGGAACAGAUGGAACAAGCGAUGCGGAUAAGACCGAAUGUGGUGAACGACUCCAGUGUUUGAAAGAUGAGGCCAUGAAUGGUGAGGUGACAAUUAAAGAUGGGAAUUGUGUUACUGAAGAGAGACAGCAUUUGAAAAGUGAAACCAUGAAUGAUGGGGUGAAAAUUGCUGAUGCAAAUGGUGUUGGUGGAGAGGUUAGGGUCUUGAAAAGUGAACCCUUUAGUAAUGGGGUGGCAGUUGGAUAUAAAGGGGAUUCUGGUGGAGUUGAAUGUUUGCGAACUUAUAAGAGGCGCAAGAAGUCAAGUUCAAAAGGCAAAGUUCAGGAACAAUGCAGAGCAGGCAUGAGAACUUCGAGUCUAAUAGCAGCACAGCAUGGCAUGAUUCUCACCCUGGAAGAUAAAUGUUCUGAAGACGUGAAGAAACCGUGUGAUCUAGCUUUAGGCAAUACUUCAGAUGAGUGUUCCCAAGGACAGUGGGGAAAUAUUGUGCUAAAGCAUUUAUAUCAGUCAUUAGGUGAUGGCAAUGGAAAUGGCGGCAUAGUGGGUUGCAUAAAGGAAGCACUUAAUCCUAAACAUAAUCAUCCCAUUAGUUCUAUGGAAACAUUAAUAAUUGACAAAGAUGGUCAAGAAUGCGCUUCACAAUUUGAGCAGCUUUCCCGUAGAACAGUAAAGGAAUCUAAUCGACAUGCAGAUGUCCUGUGUAAUGGACGUUCCAGUGAAUCACCUGAUCAUGGUGUGACUGAGAUGUGUCAGCGUGUGCUCUGUAAUAUCUUAACCUCAGAAAAUUUCAGUUCAUUAUGUAAGGCUUUACUUGGAAAUUUCCAGGGAAUGAAGCCUGAAAGUGUAUUUGACUUUACAAUCAUGAACUCAAGGAUGAAGGAGCAAGCUUAUGAAAAAUCACCAGCACUCUUCUUGUCAGAUAUUCAACAGGUUUGGAGAAAGCUUCAAGACACUGGUAACGAGAUUGUUGCUCUUGCCAAGAGCCUCUCCAGUAUAUCAACAACUUCUUACUCUGAGCUGUUCAACAAUCGAGAAUUUGGCUCUCACUUGAAACCAGAACGGACGCAAGAAUGUGCUAUGUACAAAAUUUGCAGUUGCAGCCGUUGCGGAGAGCAGGCGGAUGGCAAAGACUGUUUGGUUUGUGAUUCAUGUGAGGAGAUAUACCAUGUGUCCUGUAUUGAGCCGGCGGUGAAAGAAAUAAUACCCCACAAAAGCUGGUAUUGUGCCAAGUGUACUGCUAAUGGGAUUGGAUCUCCACAUGAGAAUUGUGUGCUAUGUGAAAGGCUAAGUGAUGAACAGACCCCAAAUGACAUUAUUGAUGAUGAAAGCUUUCCUACAAUUGAGGAAACACAAAAUGAAUAUGAAGAGAAUUCAAAUUGCACCUCUGUUGGGAAUCAGGUUUCUGUAGGUGAGAAAAAAACACACAUUUGCAAAAUUUGUAGAAAUGAAGUGGCUGGUAAAAAAAUAAAAGUAUGUGGCCAUAGGUUUUGCUCCAACAAAUAUUACCAUGUAAGGUGUUUAACAAAAAGGCAGUUAACGACAUAUGGUCACUGUUGGUACUGCCCUUCUUGUUUAUGCUGUGUUUGCUUAAUUGAUCGUGAUGAUGAUCAGAUUGUUAUCUGUGAUGGCUGUGAUCAUGCAUAUCACAUCUAUUGCAUGAAACCUCCUCAGACAUCUAUUCCAAGAGGGAAAUGGUUCUGCAGAAAAUGUGAUGCUGGAAUUCAAGCAAUCCACAAGGCCAAAAAGGUGUAUGAAAGUAACAAACCAAGCAGAAAUAGGGAAGAUGCUGCAAAGCCAAAUGCUAAUCUUGAAAAGAAACAAUGCAAUAAACGUGCAAGAGAAUUGGAAAGAGGUGGUGCAAUGGACAUGCUUUUAACCGCAGCCAAUACUCUGCAUUUUGAGGAGAAGGAGGCGGCAAUCCGGAUUGAGUCACAGACAACCUGA